AUGUUGGAAAAUGAGACAAAGAUAACUGAAUUCAUCCUGCUGGGAUUUGGAGAACUUUAUGGCUUUCAGAUACCUCUUUUCCUGAUAUUUCUAGUGAUUUACAUUGUGACUAUAACUGGAAACAUUCUAAUAUUUGUGCUAGUUAUCUUUGAUCGUCACCUUCAUACUCCCAUGUACUUCUUCUUGGGGAACCUCUCCUUCUUGGAUGCCUGUUAUAGCUCCAUUAUACUUCCAAGGAUGCUCUCAGCUCUCUUGACUGGGAACGGAAUCAUUUCUUUCAGCAAUUGUCUCACCCAGUGGUAUCUCUGUGAUUCUUUGAUAGCAACAGAAUGUUGUUUACUCUGUGUGAUGUCUUAUGACAGGUAUCUCGCAGUCUGCAAACCAUUACAUUAUGAAACAAUUAUGAAGACUCCGACUUCCGUCCAACUAGCAAUUGCAUCAUGGAUCAAUGGAUUUUUAGCUUUUUUGAUAUUGCUCUUUUUACUGUUGCAGUCACCUUUUUGUGGCCCCAAUGAAAUGGAUCAUUAUUUUUGUGACUAUUACCCACUCCUAAAACUCUCUUGCAGUGAUACCACCUUGAUUGAAAUUAUGGGUUUUGUUGUAGCUGUCAUUUAUACACUUUCUCCUUUUCUUCUAACCUUGACUUCCUACAUAUAUAUUAUAGUGGCGGUGUUCAAAAUUCCUUCCACGUGUGGGAGACGAAAGGCCUUUUUGACCUGCUCAUCUCACUUGAUAGUUGUUUCUAUUUUCUAUGGGUCUCUGCUGAUGGUAUAUAUGCUGCCAAAGGCUGAAGGAAAGAGAAGUAUGCAGAAAUUUUCCUCUCUCCUGUAUGUAGUGUUGCCUCCUCUAGCCAACCCAUUCAUAUAUAGCCUGAGAAACAAGGAGGUCAAAGAGGCUUUAAGAAAUAUCAUUGGGAAGAUGGUGCCAUAA